AUGCCUCAGACUCCAGUCAAUGCGGCCAGUUGGGCCAUCAACAAUACCCGAAUUCUAUCUAGCUCUGGUAGCAGAUGUGCGAAUGACAUGCAGGGCGUCGUCAUUUUCAGCAAACCCGUCUCAAGCACAGACGAAAAGGAUGUCUGUCCAUUCUGUCAAGAGAACUUAACAGCAGGUCAAUCUAUCAUGGUACACACGAGCCACUGCAAGAACAGCUACCAUGCCAAAUGCAUGGAGGAAGCUAUUACUCGAGGCGAAAGCAAGUGUCCCUUCUGCCGGAUCGAGAUCUGUAAAUCAUUGACCUCAGAACGGCGCGGAGAAGACUUCCGCCUGUUCUUCUGCUCCCGUACAGUAGGGCUAGGUCCCGUCGGAUACGCCGCCGCUCUCGACAACCGUCCCGGCUACGCCGCCCAGGAUCGAUUCUUCAUGAAAGUCCUCGAACUCGAGAAAGAGCUCCAAUACGAGCUCUCCUGCAUACGCCGCCACCACGACAAGGUACACCGCCAUAUCAUGCAAGGUAAGAACCUCGAGAUCGAGAAAUUCUUAUUCGAGCAAGAGCGCAGGCGGCGAAGCGUACACAUGCAAGACAUUAAGCGUGAAAUGCAAGGUCAACGCGUUGGACCUCAUCUGGACCGUCUAAAGGUCAAACAGAAGGCCGAGGAAGCCGCGUUCAUGGUCAAACUCGGAAGAGAAAAAGAACAAGAGGAGCUGGCGUGGGCUCUUUCCAUGCACGAUUGGCAGGAGGAAGUUACAGAACAGCAUGCGGGCAUAGUCAAUUACCAGUGGUAUAAGAUGGAGUAUGCACAGGAGCAUGACCCUCGGGGUAGUGAGUGGGAAGAGAUUCCGUAUCCGCUAUGA